AUGGGUUCGAUGCAAUGGACCGAUGAAGAGGCCAACUAUCUAAAGGCUAUCUUCACGUGGCAGGAGAUACAAGGCGAUAACAAGACUUCAGAUCGAACGAGCAGGCUGAGCCGGUUUGAGGCACAGAAUCGGCGCCCUGAAGAUGUCAGGAGAGAGGGGAAGACGGAGAGGGAUUUUCGUGUACUUAUUGUCGGCGCCAAAGGCUGCGGAAAAACAAGUCUUCUCACCAGGUUUGCUCUCAAUACCUUCGAAGACGGCCCUGAUCCCAAGCAAGGGAAACUCGAAGGCGGUUGCCGACAGCCGAUCCAGAUCAAUGGUCUCAACUACAACGUGGAUGUACUCGAAUUACCAUCCAAGCAUCUCACCACCAACCUGAUGCUGGAACAAGCACUGGCGAUCACCGAAGGCGCGGUGCUGCUGUACGACACAACAGACAAAGACUCACUCGAGCUUGCGAUCCGCGUCCAGAGGUUUAUAAGUGGCUCAUUCCGGAGCAGCAAUCCAACCAGCCGUGGGAUUCGUCGGGAAUAUGGCCUGCUUCUCGUCGGAAACAAGAGCGAUGUCGAUGAUGAGGAACGCGUGGUGGCUUGGGCCGAGGGUUCCAGGACUGCCUCCGCGUUCGACAUGAGCUGCCCCUUUCUAGAGAUAAGUGCAAGGACUGGUGACAAUGUCAAAGAAGUAUUCCCUAUCAUCUGUCAAGAGAUACUCAGACUCAGCCAAAAGCGCAGGAAACGUCAAGAGGAGGCCGAAACGGCUGCACUCCUCAGGCUCGAGACACAAGCUGGACUGCAACCGCCCAUCAUGCCCCGACCAGACCUCUCUGAGGAGCUGGGGGUCCAAUACCGUCGCAUUCCAGUCCUCUCAAUCGGGCGCGACGUCUACCUGGACACGCGCCUGAUGCUCUCCAAGCUGGAGGAGACGCAUCCAUCUGUGCCCAAACUGGGAGCGUCAGAGCCUCAGUCAAAGGGCGUCCAGCGGCUGCUUGCGGCGCUGACGCUCGACACGGGCAUCUUCUUCGCGGCCAUGGGCCUCCUGCCUCGUGACCUGCCGGUACUCAAGGACCCCAAAUUUCAAAAAGACAGGGCCAGCUUCAUCGGCGACCAGCCGCCGGGAGGGUGGCUGUCGCGGGCCGACGCAAUCAACAAGAUCCGAGACGCGAUGGAGCUGCUCGAGACGACUUUGCUUGCAGACGGACGUGACUGGAUCUUGCAAACAGAAAAGCCCAGCCUCGCCGAUAUCGAGGCCAUCUGGCCGUUUCACUGGCUCGUCACUCUGCCCGGAAGCCCGGCUCUCCCCGCAGACCAGGUCUCUGCGGAGCUGUUCCCCCGCGUGUUCGCAUGGAUACAGCGGUUCGACAAGGCCGUAGGGGCGGCCGGGUCAUCCGGGCCCAAGCCCCGUAAAUUAAAUGGCAAGGAGGCUGCACAGCUGAUCCUCGCCUCUCGGCAAAACGAGGACUACGCCGGGGCUGAACCGACCGCCGCAGAUGGCGAGGGCCUGACCAGGGGCUCCAUGGUGAGGCUCUGGCCGACCGACACGGGAAGUAAACAUCGGGACGCCGGCAAGCUGGUUCACAUGGACCAGGCUGAGAUCGUGAUCGAGAACCUUCGCGGGAUUCGGGUACACGCGCCCCGACAGGGCUUCAAGGUGCGGGCUGAGGCUGGACUGUAA